GUGUCCGUCGUAGCUACUCGGCCUUUUACGCAACGGUAAGCUCCUGUGUGGCGCUCGACUAUUCUUCAUCGAUACGACGAACUUGAGGGGUUAGACAAGUCCUGCUAAAGACCUCCUCGCCGCUGCCGGUUCUCCCUGUGCGAUUUAGUCGACAGAGCCGAUGUAAACACACCAGACAUUCUGUCGGCGGAAUUCUGUUUCUCGAGUGAAAAAUGGAUUUCCGAGAUAGAUCAGGAGCCGCAGAUAUCAGACCGAAUCACAGAUAUUCCGAAGUGUCGACAACAGCGCGAAGUUCAAAAACAAGAAAGCAGAGCGGCGAAAAUUCAAAUAUUGUUUGGAGAAGUGGAGAGAAAAAAUUGGAGCGCAGUGACAAAGUGCAUUCAGAGUCGGAUUCCCCGCGUGAAGAUAAGUCGUCAAGCCGAAAACACAAGAAGCGACGGCACAAGGAUCGAAAAGAGCGUGACGGGGGUGGAAGAGGUGAUCGAAGUUCGCGCAGCAGCAAAAAACACAAAAAGCAUAAACGUCAUAAGAGUGACCGCGAUCACACUAGGGAUGGCGAAGGGCGAGCGCUGCCAUCUGUUGGUGGUAUUGAUGCGGCCGACAUGGGUGACAUGGAGCUUGAAGAACUCGAGCGUAAGAAGUUGGAACUACUCAAAUCGCUACAGAUGGUCGACCAGGAUGAGGAAGAGCAGAAUCAAUUAGUUGUACGAGGAGGUAAUCGGCGAGUUGUAGUUGAAGACGCUACCGAGAAGGACCAAAUCACUGCGCUAAAAACUAAAAUAACAGUUACGAACGGUGACACAGAAGACAUAUCCGCCUCGGAAAGCGAUAGAGAAAAAUCUGUUGAAAAGCCACAGAAAAACGGCUCCAGUUUAAAGACUGCCAAAGAAAUCAGUCGUAAGGAGACGAAAGACUCGAAAGACAGCAAGGAGCAGUCAGAUAAAGAUGUAGUUAAAGAUGAUAAAAAACGUCGAAGGUCCAGAUCUCCUGAUGAUCGCAAGGAUAGGUCGGAGUAUCGCGAUGACAAGCGACGAGAUCGCGAUAGCGACAAGCGCGUGGCCCGAGAUAAGGAUCGCGACAAAGACAAACCGAAGCAGCUGGUAAAAGGCGGAGAACGAUCUGAACGUGGCGGCGGGGGCGGCAACAGCGGCCCUGUUGGCGAACAACAGCGUGAUAAAGAUCGCGAGCGUGACCAGCUCCAACGCGAGAAAGAAAAAGAACAACAGCAGCAACGCGAACGUGACAAAGAACGUGACCGCGAACGUGAACGUGACAAAGAGCGUGAACGUGAUAAAGACCGUGAACAGAGAGAGCGUGAAAAGGAGCAGCGGGAAAAGGAACGUGAGAAAGAAAAGGAACAACGUGAAAAGGAAAAAGAAAAAGAGCGUGAACAGCAGCGUGACAAAGAAAAGGAACGCCAGCGUCAGCGUGACAAAGAGAAAGAGCAACAAAAACGGGAUCGUGACCGCGAUCGGGAUCGUGAGCGUGAACGGGACCGGGACCGGGAUCGCGAACGUGAUAAGGAACGGGAUCGAGAACGUGACAGGGAUCGCCAGAGAGAGCGGGAUCGCGAUCGUCGUCGGGACGAUGAGAAGCGCCGUGAAGACGAUCGUCUCAAACGAAGAGAAAAAGAUGGUCGAGAUCGCGACCUUGAUCGGGGUGGCAGAGAACGAUCCAUUGACGGCCGAGCUAGGGGGCGAGAUGAUCGGGACGACAUGAGGCGAAAGGAUCGCGGCUCAACGGCAGAUUCCGAGCUGUCGAGAAAUCGUCGCAGCAGAGAUGUUCCAAAUGAAGCGGACAGGCGCCGAGAUCGAAAACGAAGCCGCAGUCGAGACGAUCGAGAAGAUGAACGUGGAGGCGGAGCAGGAGCGAGUGGACUGGGCUCUAAACGACGAAAUAGACGACUCGCAAGGGAUUCAUCUUCGGAGGACAGCGAUGAAGAGAUUAAGGAUGAAGAUGACGCGGAUGAAGAGGAAGACCUCGAUGAAGAGGCCUUGAUUGAACGACGGCGUCGUCAAAGGCAGGAGCUUGUCGCCCGCUUAGAGGGUGGUAAAACGGGCGGUAAAGGUAAAGACAGAGAUAACCACAGCAGUAAAAUAACAUCGUUAAAGGAUCAAGUUUCCGACGAGAAAGUGGAGCCUCCGGAAGCAGCUCUUAGCGUUAGCGCUAGCUCGCCUGGUACUUCAACACAGGAUGGGACGAGGUCACAUGAACGGGCAAGAAGUACGAGUCCUCAACCGGUCAUCCUUGAUUCAGAUGGAGAUACGACAUUUAGUAAGCUGGGCGGCGUUACCGGCGAUGAUGACGACUCCGAUGACGGCCGACGUCGUAGCGGGUCCGGGGAUGAAGAAAACGACAUGUUUUCAGAGCACUAUAAUGCUUCGUCACCGAAGUCAAAAGGACUCAACCGGUCUCUUGCAAACGAAAAUCCGGCUCUCAACGAUAAUUGGGAUGAUGCCGAGGGUUACUAUCGGGUACGCAUCGGAGAAGUGCUUGAUCAACGGUAUGAAGUUUACGGCUACACUGGGCAAGGUGUUUUUUCUUCGGUAGUGCGUGGACGAGAUAGGGCACGCGGCAACAUGGAAGUAGCUAUAAAGAUUAUACGAAACAAUGACCUUAUGAUGAAGACAGGCCAGAAGGAGCUCGAGAUUCUCAAAAAACUCAAUGAUGCUGACCCUGAUGAUAAAUAUCAUUGUCUUCGGUUGUAUAGAAAUUUCUCACAUCGCCAGCAUUUAUGUCUCGUUUUUGAAUCGCUCAGCAUGAACUUACGAGAGGUUCUGAAGAAGUACGGCAAGGAUUUGGGUUUACAUAUUAAAGCCGUUCGAUCGUAUGCUCACCAGCUGUUUCUCGCUUUGCGAUUACUAAAGAAAUGUAACAUUUUGCAUGCUGACAUCAAGCCAGAUAACAUCCUGGUUAAUGGAAAUAAAAUGCAGCUAAAAUUGUGUGAUUUCGGUUCAGCGUCGUCCGGGACAGACUCGGAGAUCACACCAUAUCUAGUGUCGAGAUUCUAUCGAGCACCCGAGAUUAUACUUGGAAUUGGACAUGAUUUUGGCAUCGAUCUCUGGUCGGUAGGCUGUACCUUGUAUGAACUUUACACAGGACGAAUCAUGUUCGCUGGCAAAACAAACAACGAAAUGCUGAAGAUGUUCAUGGAGCUUAAAGGUCGCUUCCCCAACAAGUUAAUCAAGAAGAGUCCGGAAAUGCUGCGUAACAAACACUUUGACGCAGAUAUGAAUUUCAUGUACUAUGAAGUCGAUAAAGUCACAGAAAGAGAAAAGGUUAUUGUAAUGAAAAACAUUAACCCUGCACGUGACCUUGGUAACGAACUUACCGGCUCAAACCCACCAGCCCAAUUAAACAAAGUACAGCAACUGCGUGAACUUCUCGAUAAAAUCCUUGCCAUCGAUCCGUCGAAGAGAUUAACAAUCAAUCAAGCGAUGCAGCAUACCUUCAUAACCGAGAAGAUUUAAGAAGUGGUAAAGAUAUCUUUUGUUUCGGUAAAAACCGAAACACAACAACAAGCACAAUGCCCUAAAAAAGUAAAUGCGUUCAUGGCUCAGAAACUAAAAUAUUAGUUCGCCGAUUAAUGAAGGAUGAAAUAGUAACUGAGCUGUGGCACGAAGGGAUCCCCGUACACGAAUUUAUAACGCGUCACUACUGAUACUAUUAUUACGGUAACGAUUAUUCUCAAUUAUUUUUAAUAGUUUGCAAACUCGCAUCUUUGUAGACUCAUUGUGGAGAACGGCUGGGGAGGAGAAACAAGAGUUUGAAUUGAAUGACAGAAAGCCAGUGAAAAGAGGUAAAUCAAAUUUUGAUAGAUAUCGUAAUAGUUGUCGCAGCAGUUGUGUAAGCAUUAAUCAGUUCAAAACGUAUGAAGAGCUUUAAGGCUUGAAAAGCAAUUGAGACAAGAUACAACGCUUGACGCAGCAUAGUAGCAGCAUUGUCCUUAGCGUAUAUAUUUCGAUAGCGUAAAAAACAAGCGAACAGGGUAGAUGAUUGUUUUUGUGGGGGGGGGGGGGCAAUUGAUGGUUGUUUCUAAAUUUUUUUGCAAAUUGCAAGGCAGGUUGGUAAAACAGAUGAGUACUUUAUGUUUGUCGCGCUUUUCAUUUACACAAAUUUGAAUAAUCUUUUCCACACAGACAUUUUGGUACUCAUAGAAAGGUUGGUUUUCUGUUUUGCAAAUUUUACACUGCUUACCUUUAAUUUGCUAGGUUUGAGUUAGUGAAUGUGGGGUUGCACAUGUGAGUUCUCCCGAACAUGAAUAUAAAGGAGUUAAUGUAAUGAAAAAAUUGCCGUGGCAACAUACGUGAUUACACCUAUAUAGGCGCCGUAUCUGAUUUAAUGUUAAUGGUUAUUAAAUGGGGAUAGAUUAUUGUAUUGGGACAAAUUAUUGGAAUAAUGCGAGAUAACUAAAACAAAUAAUAGCACCAGAGUAACCUUUUAAGGUAUCUUGAGUAAGGUUAAAAAAAAGACAGGAACUUGGAAUGGCUACCACUUUUUAGGUGUUCGAAUACAUGUUCUUAGGCUAGCAUGAAAACCCCACACGUUAGGGGCGGGGUGGGCACGCUGUUGACGAAAAAAUGCCCUGUGGUGCGUUGAUAUGUGUUGUGUAUUAACUGAUAAAUCCCCAGAGAAAAAGAUAAAAAAACGAGAAAAGAAACUGCCAGAAAACUAAGGAGUAUUUGGUUACGUUAUGAGUCUGUUUCGAAAGUUUAUUCGACCGUUAUAAGGCGGCACUUCUGAUUCUCGUGAACUCUCUUCACUAGUGGCUGGACUCUGAAGCAAAUAAGCGUGCUUGAUCCCUAGAGAGAAAUUCCAGCUUGUCGAGCUGGUGCAGGAUAAAAACCGAAGGAACACCGACCCGAUGCUAUGUACAGAGUAUAUUGUGUAUUUAGUAGAAAUAAGUAACAGACUGAAAAAACAAUAAUAACAGUAAGAACAACAAUAAAAAACAACGGUAAGCUAAUAAUAUGAACACCUCUAGGAGGUGUAUGGUAGUAUAAUGCUUUGUGACCACUGAAUUGUGGUCCCACGCCUGUUGGACUGUAUAAAUAUAUUGACGCUAAAAAAAAACGAAGGAGACGAUUACU